AUGGGUUCUUCUUGGCAACGCUCGACCGUGACACACGGUAAUCGCACGACCUUGGAUCUCGUCCGCGAACAGACUUAUGCCUUUCGGGCGCUCGCUGGUAUCAAACGACGCAGUGAUGGUGUCGAGGUAGAGUCGCACAUCCAAGAGCGUCUACAGGGUCAGGUGUCAAACCAGUUGCGAACGCGAACGCCCUCGUUACAACCGAGGUCCAAUGAACCACGUCAGCCACUCCCUCGCUUACAGGCAAGUCGCAUAGUACCGGUGGUGGAUGGCGAGGACCGACAGUCUGUCACCACAUCACGGCCCGUACCAUCUCUUCCAAGGUUCUCUUCUACUCCCGGCCCUUCCCAAAACCCCCUCCUAUCUCUUCGCCAUCCUAGAUACGCUUUGCCGUCCAAACUGGUUGACAACCUGGAAUCUCUGGGCGUACGAUCAAUUUACCCCUGGCAAUCUUCAUGUCUGCUCGGGCGAGGGCUGCUUGAGGGUGAGCAGAAUCUGGUGUACACUGCCCCCACGGGUGGCGGCAAGUCACUGGUGGCAGACGUUCUUUUGCUUAGGAGAAUCAUCGAGAAUCCUGGCAAAAAGGCCAUCGUUGUCUUGCCUUAUGUGGCCCUCGUACAAGAAAAGUUGAAGUGGCUGAAAGCUCUCGUCGAUGGCGUCUGCAGGGAUGUCGACAUGUCUGAGAGUCAACCGAGCACGACAUGGCGAAGCUCAAAUACCUCCAUUCGCGUAGCUGGAUUCUUUGGUGGGAGCAAGUCCUCAGUCGAAUGGCCUGAAUGUGACGUGGCCGUAUGCACCAUUGAAAAAGCAAAUUCUCUGGUCAAUGCCGCCAUCGAGGAAGGGAAACAUGUGGAUCUCUCAGCUAUCGUGCUUGAUGAGCUACACAUGCUAAACGAGGAGCACCGUGGAUACAUCCUGGAACUUCUUGCUUCCAAGUUAGUGUCACUUGAGAGCGGUGUGCAGAUUAUAGGAAUGAGCGCUACACUUUCCAAUCCGCAACUUAUCGCCGAGUGGUUGAAAGCCAAAUUUUACGUAGCCAAAUACCGCCCAAUUCCAAUCGAAGAACACCUGGUCUAUGAGAAUGAAAUCUAUCCGACGGCAAACGCCAAAGACUUCUUCAGGACAGUCAGUCAGCUAACCACGGAAGAAAUGUAUUCAACACCACAUCCAAAGGCUUGUCGUACUAUACUCAAAUCGGAGUACAAGGACCUGUCAAAUCCCCUGACCAAUGCUGUGGUGGCUCUGGCAGUUGAAACAGCUCUAGAUGGCCACGCUGCCCUGAUAUUCUGCAACAGUCGACUGGGAGCUGAAAAAACGGCUUGUCUGGUCAGCGAUGCAAUGCCUGUCGACUGUGUUGAUGUGACGACACUAAACAAGCGACAGGACUUGAUAGCGUCGUUGCAAGCGCUCCCGGGAGGGUUCGAGGCGUCUUUAAUCAGGACCAUCUCACGUGGCGUUGGUUUCCACCACGCCGGACUCACGACGGAGGAACGAGAACUCGUGGCCGAGGCUUAUGACAAAGGUGUUUGA